CUAGCCUUCCCUUCCCCAAAGUGUACAUUCAACAUAGCGAGUUUCGUGGCACUUUUUCAUCUCCUCUGUGCAGCUGACAGACUAGGAGUCAAAGGAAUUCACGUUGCCGGAGAUAAUGAUCUCAUGAUAAGGACGCUGAAUACUCGUACUCUUCCCCAGGCUGCUCGGCUACGGGGUUGGUUUCUUAAACGCAGACACAUGACUGACAAGGUCCGAGUUGAGUCAUGGAUGCAAACCUCCAAAGCGGCAAACCAGGGUUCGUGUAGUCUGGCAACUGCGGCGGUGGAGUCUGGGCAGACGCUGGAACCAACACCA